GAGAAAUAAGUUUUUUCCAUGGCAGAACUUUAGUUGCCGGUGACUUGAAUAUUUGUUCGCUUCUCCUUGCUUUUAAAGUCAAACAAACUGUUCAUUACAUAAGCAACAGAAAUGUCCACGAAAGCAGUAGACUCGAGACAAAGGUACUAUAAAAACAAGGAUAAGGAUCUAUCGGUGAGUUAUGUCUUUAUGUUGCAGUGUGGAUGGCGGGGUAAUUUGAAUGUUAUCUGUUGGCAUGCAUGCGUUGUGCGGCAUGUGAUUUCUCGAUUCUCGAUUACUGGUACUGCUACUUGAGGAGUCAGACUGUUGAUUUGUGAAACAGCUGGAAGGGAAGUGGUGUCUUUAAAAUUGGAAAAAGUCAAUAAAUCACCAGAUUUUAGGCUUUUGAAAUGCAUGACAAGUUUUUCUCGGAUCCGUGCAGUUCUCAAGACGUCCAAACUUGAAAAACCGAAUUGUAGCGUUUACUUCGCUGGAAAUAUACUUUAAAUUGUAGAAUUAUAUCAGAAGCUUGAGAGAAAUAUUAACUGGCAAAUUUUCAUUUCAAGGACUGCUUUAAUUUAUAAACAGUCACUUGCUAAAAGGACACGAGCCAACUAGUUGUACUUUCCUCGCCGAUCCAUCAAAAUGGUUGAUGCCGUGAAAAAAGAAAAAACCUUAUGUAAGAGUAUUUCUCAAUUCUCCUGGAAAUGGCUUGUGAUGUUAGUGGUAUCGUGGUAAAAAAGGCUAGCACAGUCUUCAAGUAAGCCAAUGAAACUUCGUUUGGAUGCAAUUUAUUCAAGAAAAUCCAGCUAUGCAUUCAGAGGCUUUGUUACCCUGUUAUGUUUUGUAGUCCAUGGUCUGAGUCUUGCCAAUGAAUGAAAAUGUGUAAAAUUGUGAAAUUUGACAUUUACAUGUAUGUACCAUAGCCGACAAUCCCACAGUUGCCAAUUAAAAUAAUGACUAUGAUAAUAUUACACAAUAAAUGUUGCAAAAAAUAAUUGCCCAAGGGGCUGCUUCUGCUGGAGUCUGUAGUUUUAUAGUGCCAAAGUCACUACCUAAGAAUUUGUAUGUGUUCUGAUUAAAAUUAAGUGUUGAAUAGCGAGUUGAAUUAUAGUUGAAUAAUGCUACUGCAUCAAAAGUCGAGUCCUGGGACCAGUUACAUAAAGGUCGGAGCAAACUAGGUGACAAGACGUAUCAAUAUGUCGUGGUCAUGCAUAUGUGUGUAGCAGCGACAAAUGGCUUAGUGUGUACUGGAGAAUUUUUGUCAAACUGUUUGUCUUGGCAACAGAAUUUUGUCGCUCCAGCAAGUGUCUCAAAAUCAAAUCAGAUUGAAUUUCUGUGACUUGUUUCAGCAAGAAAAUUCUGUUGCAGACGCAAAGUUUUUCACAAACAUUGUCCUGUACACCAAGUGAUUUUUUGCUGUGAUGUGUCUAGCAACUUGUUGCCCGACCUGUGCAGAAAAAGUGAUUUGUUGCUGCAAUGUCUUGUAUCAACAUGUCACCUAGUGUGUUCUAACCUUAAAUCAUAACAUCAGUCAUAAUCAGCAGUGGACCUUGCAUAUGUUAGCUAGUCUAAGUGGUAAGAGGUUGUUUCACCCGAACGUUGAUUCACCUAAAGUCAGGUUGCCCUGGUGUAAGUUGAUGCUUUCAUAUUAUUUAUUUGUUGGUCUUUUAAACCUGUUAACAGAUGGACUAAGAGUGAAAGGACAGUGAAUGCACAUAUGGGUCAACAGCCUGCUCCAGUGUAAACUUCACACAUAAUAUCUCAAAAAUCGGCAUAGCAAUCGUUGCUAUGGCUGAGUUACAUGUCAACUUCAGUAUUAUAUACACAUUCAUUCAGUAUAUCAAAUUUGGUCACUAAGACUGUUCAGAUCAAUGGACCUUUCUUAGAAACUGGGAAAGGAAAGCAAGCUUAACUGAACUCAAAGAUGUCUCUUGUGAACUGUUUUGUGGUCUGUAGAGUGUUGUUUGUCACCAUUUUGACAUGAUAAAUUUUGAUUUCCAGGAACUAAGGAGGAGAAGAAAUGAAGUCACUGUUGAGCUUAGAAAGGUUUGAAGGCUUGAGUGUUUUUGGAAUUAAAAUUAUUAUUUGAAGGGAUUAUGUUUUAUCAUUGGUGCAUCAAAUUACUGCGCAUGUACAUGUCUUAAGUCCCUUGUUCUUUCUUUUUGUUUUAUACUAGGCCAAAAGAGAGGACACUGUCCAAAAGAAAAGAAAUGUCCCUCAAGACAUUGUGGAUGAAAAAGAUGACAGUUUACAGGUAAGACUUUGUUAACAAGUCAACAAGCAUCAUCUAGCCAUUUCCUCCUUCCAGAUGUCUUUGUGUAUUAGUGUCAUACAAGUUGCAUAAACUUUCUACAUCACCCUUCAUAUGGCUGCUAUGCAAGUAGCUGUAAUUGAUGUAUAAUAAGCUGUCUUUAUUUUAGUAUUUUUAAGUGGAACCAUUUCUUUUGAUAAUUCUACAUCAGAGUCUUGCUCCUUUCUCCUUCCUGUUGUUGUCUUACAUGUAUGUUUGUCUUUAUGUUGUUUUACUUCACAGGGAAAGAACCUUCAGAGUAUUGUCUUGGUAAGUGAACAAAAUUCACACCUGAGCAAUUUGAACUGUAUUUUUAAACAGGACCUACAACUUUACUCGAACCCACUCUUGAUGCUUAAAUUACCCUUAUCUCGUGUGUGGAACUGUAUCAUUUCUGCAAAUAUUUACUGCUAGUGAUCAAUGCCAUCACUUCUUAAAUUGACUUUGACUGACAACUUGUACAGGUUGAAAACAUCUUCCAAAGCAUGUCCAAGUAAAAGCAAUUUUGCCCAACACUCCAGAGAUGCAUGUACAGUGGAACAGCCUGUUCCAGGUGUUCAGAAAAUGUGGUUGCACUUUUGUUUAUAUUUUUUAAAAAGGUUGCUCUUCAUUUUUCUGUAUUUCUAAAGACUGAGGAGAGCUGGGAAAAUAAAAAGACACGGAAAAAAUGAAUCUGAAUGGGAACUGGAAAAAUAAAAGGAAGUAGCAGAAAUGAAUCUGAAGCUUCUUCUACUUUGCAACCACAGUAUGCAAACAAACUGCCAGGUUGGAUGAUGACAAGUAUCCACAAACAACUGAACACCUGGAGAAAAGCCGUUAAGAGACUUUUGUCAAACCCGCUGGAUUCUCAUUUCAGUUUGUCUUGUAUACAGGGUUUCUGAUAUUUCGCGCAGUCGCGGACCCGCGAAAUCCCGCGAAAUUCCCAAAAAAACGCGAAAUACCGCGAAAUCCGCCAGAAAUAUUUCCAAAUACAUGUCAGCAAAACAUAUUUAAUACUUAUCUUGGUUUUUAGACCUGUUUUAUUCACCCCAAACGUCCAAAUUUAUCUUGAAACUGCAACACGUAAACAACGUCCCAAAACUACCAGGCAUUCUUAGAUUAAUGUUGCGAAAAACUGGGCACUAACCAUAAUGAUAAUAGCUUUAGCAUUCGGUCAUUUCUCGAGCGAACUGUUGUUGAAAGAGCAAAUGAUUAUCCCUGUUAAAAAAAAGUUAAACAACGCUGCUCAUAUCGACGCAAAAUUGAUCGAUUUUAGCGAAAUUUGCCAAAAAAAAUCCGGCGAAAUCGACUGUUUUUUACUGAUUGUUUCUUGGCGAAGUUUCCCCGAAAUUUCCCGUGAAAUCGGCCGAUUUUUCUAAGAACUUGCCCCUGAAAAUCCUUCAAAAUUUGACUUUUUUCUGCUAAAAUCCCGCGAAAUUGGCCAAUUUUUCUGCGAAUUUUGACUUUCUCCCGUAAAUAUCCCGCGAAAUCGGCCGAUUUUUCCGCGAAUUUUGACUUUUUUCCCGCGAAAAUCCCGCGAAAUCAGCCAAUUUUUCCACGAAUUUGCCCUUGAAAAUCCCGUGAAAUUUUUCUUUUUUUUUCCGCAAAAUAUCAGAAGCCCUGUGUGUAUAUGCUAGUUAAACAAGCAAGAAUUUGACAUUAGAUCAGCAGUCAUUUGAGUCCUUCUUUCACGCAUUCUUUCAAUGUUAAUUUACAUGUACCAUCAUUGAUCUGUGUGCAGUGGUAGUGUAACUGUGCUCUUUUUCACUCCUGUAGAAUGCAAGCAGCCAAGAUCCAACAGAGCAGCUUGGUGCUGUACAAGCAGCCAGGUCAGUCAUAGAAUUCUGGUCUCCUGAUUUCUUGUGGAGAAUAUCACUGAGCUGUAGAAGCUCAAGUGUGGUGUUCUUGUAUACCAAAGUUAGUAGCUGAGACCUUAGUGUAUGUGUAGGUGGACGAGUUACCCAUGGUUAAUGAGGUAUUCUACUCCUAAUUUUGUGAUACUAUUUAGCAUUUCAAUGCUCUUUUUCUUUCUUAUGCAGUUAGAAUAAUAUUAUGUCUUUGUAAAAGCAAGUCUAUGAUUAUUAUGUUUUCCUAUCUUGUGAGACAAUAACGGAAGUCAAAACAUGCUUGUUUAUACUAGAGUAGAAUUUUGUACCCAGUAAUGUUCUGGUUGCUGUAUGUGGCCAACUUCAUCUGCAUUGUGUUUGCUUUUCUUUUCGUUUCACCUGACACUCUUUAUUGCUUAUGCUGUAGUUCUGUACUUUAUAUUUUAUUUUCCAGAAAACUGCUCUCAAAAGAUCGUAAUCCACCUAUUGAUGAGCUAAUUGAGUAAGUAUAACAACUUUCAAGUUUACCAGACUUUAGAAAAUAAGAACUUGUUUCAAAUUUUAGGCUAAACAAGUUCCUGUAUAGAUGGGUUUAACUGGCAAAUUUAAACCCAAAAAGUUCUUAAAAACCAGGUUCUUAGUCACAGGUUUUCACUGUGUAUUGCUGUUUUUUGUAGGUCGGGCAUACUUCCAGUGCUUGUGAAAUGCUUGGAAAGAGACGACAAGUGAGUAAAAAUUACCAAGAGACUGUUACAUGUAAACUCAUCAAGAUGAGGUUGCAUUUCAGUGCCCUAGUGGAAGCACAUAAGAGUCAAACACAACAUAUCCAGGGCAACCAGUGAGCACCAGUGGCACUGUCACACUGACCAAAUAGAUCAGUGGAAUAUGAACAUAUAUAAUACAGUCAUACCUUUCUGAAAGUGAGGGAGGGAUGGGGAAAAAAUUAGCAAAAGCAGCUUUGACUCAAAACACACCUAAUUGCACAGUGAAUCUCAGCAACUUGAGUGAGCCAUCUCAAUCGAAACCGCCUUGCAGCCUUGUUUCAGGUUGAACGCAUUCACCCCUGGAAAAUUUGCGGAAAAACAGUUUUGAAGCUAGUCGAGUGGUUUUCUGGUCACUGUUGUGCUAUAAAGACCUAAAACUCAUCACAAAGCUAUUUACAGGUCGUAUACUUCAUGGCCUUCUGAUUCAGAUGGCCAAACUAUUCGCUUGCAAAGUUCAGGCAUGCACAGGAAGCAAAAUUUUUGGGUUUAAAAGUGACACAGCAGUCUUGACUUUUACUUUUUGCUCUCUCUCCUCCCCUUGUUUUUCACUUUUCUCACCUCAUUUUGUUUCUCUUUUGCUGGGGAUUUAGUAGGCUUCAUUUUGGUGGGAAAAGUUUUUGCAAAGGCUUUUAGGAUCUUUAAUAUGAUCAGAGGAAAGGCAAGGUUGGUCGGUAGUGGAACAAGAUUUUCAUGGAAAUUUUCAGGUCAAUGUUUCAUGGUUUCAUGGUGCCCUUGACUGAACCAUGCUCAUUCUGGUAUGGUUUGAAAGAUCUCUUCUCUCUGCACAAGUUAACGGACAAAGUUGUCCUUGAACAAUAAAACUGAUUUCAGCACAAGUGGAAGAAGGGACGUGGAUCCGCAUGUGCAGUUACGGGCUGUUCAGGAACCAAUGGGUUAACUUCGCCUAAAUUACCCUUAGCCACAUUUGAUAUUAGGAGGUACAUGAUGUCGUAGUUGAAAAAAUAUAUUAUUAUUAAUUUGUCAUCUGAUAUCACUUGCUUUGUUACUCUCUUUUUUUUUACAGUCCCUCUCUUCAGUUCGAAGCAGCAUGGGCAUUAACAAACAUUGCAUCUGGUACCUCGGAGCAAACAAACGCUGUCGUCAAGGCUGGUAGGCAGGAUCAAAUCUCAGUUUUUAAAGAAUUUUAUUUUGGGUGAUCUCUUCUCUGUGUCCUUGUCAGGGAGGGCAGGGCAGGUGUCAGACCUCAGAACCUUUGCCCUUUUUAGAGAUGUAGCAUGACCCCUGGGCUGUUAAAUUUUUUUCCCUCAUCAUGACAAAAGUUUGACAAGGUUAUUUACCCUCUUUCUCCUUAUCCAUUUGAAGUUUUUGUGAUACUGUGAACAGACAUGGUUAGUUUGCAGAUUGCCAGACUGAUCAUGAUUUGUCGCAAACAGUCUUACCUUCCAUGACAAUGUUCUGUUUCGAAUAACUAUCAUAUCAUAUCAUAUCAUAUCAACUUUGUACAUGUAUCGUGUGAUUUAAAAGCUAAAUGAUAUUUUGGAACAAAAGCACUGUGUACAUGUAUCUUCAGAGUUAGAUUUCUUUUAUCUAACCCUUCGCAAAAUUUAUACUGGGACAUAAACUGCUUCAAGUAACAACUAAUGUUCACAAAAGUAAUAUUAUUAUUAUUGAGGUUUUUCCGUAUAGUGAGAUCUGUUUGCAUAAAUUUUGUCUCUUAAAAAGGUUAUAGAAAAAAAAUGUCCUUGACCCAGUAAAUCAGGGUUUCGUUUUCACACUUCUAUGUGAUUAAACCACAUUAAAUUGAUGUUAUAUUUGUUUGUAGAUGCUGUCAAGCAUUUUAUGAAGUUACUGCAAUCACCUCAUCAGAAUGUCUGUGAACAAGCUGUCUGGGCUCUGGGGAACAUAAUUGGUAAGAAUUUAUCUGUGCUAAGUUGUACUGUAACUCCCAGGCUUCUUAAUGACUGCUGCCAGGUAAACGGCAAUGACAUUUACCAUAGGAAGUUUUGUAUAACGUACACCUAAUGUUUAGUGCUUGAAAUCGGGGGUCAGCUUUGUGUAAGAUCAUAUGCUUCAGAUGGUACAAACUGCCUGGUUUUGGUUCAGAAACAUAAAAAUGACCAUUUAAGCAUUUUACAUUUUUUGUGUAAACAUUCUGAAAUUUAAUAUACCAAAAAAUGUUUUAAAACUCUGCAUGCUAAUACUUAACAGUAUCAUAUGUAAAAUGUGUUCAUCCAGAAAAUACUGUAUCCGUACUUCCACACAAAGGGUUGGACUAUGUUUGAAUCACUUUCCACCCAAAAUGUACAAUAUAAAGGUGUCUCGUUCAUGUUCCCAGUGAAAAUGGGAAACACGCAAAUUGCAAGUAGCAAUCAGAGAGUAAGCUACUUGCUUUUUACGUUAAUAUACAGCAGUGGAAGUUUCCAACGUUCAACAAUGCAAAUAGCCAUCUCUGUCAAGAAAGAUUGUUUAGAACCAGAAAUUAAUUUAUCAAGCAUGGCAACGUGACAUCACAUUUUUCCUCUCUAUGAAGUCUGGAAAAUUUUGUUGAAGAUUGACUUUGUUCUUUCACUAUAGGUGAUGGUCCUGGGCUAAGAGAUUUUGUCAUUCGUCAUGGUGUGGUGGGACCAUUGCUUAAGUUUGUCAAUCCUAAUGUUCCUGUAAGUAUCUCUCUUUUUGGGGCCUUGUGAUUAUGGUCAGCCAAGUGCUUACAUGUAUACAGUAUUUCCUCAAAUAUGCGGGGUGUUUUAUAAUCCCAUUAAAUUAAAAAAAUUAUCACAUGAAAUAAACUGUACAUGGGCUUUUUAAGCGUUCCAAAUUUGGUUCCCUUAUUGAUUUUCAGAGCUUGAAUCUUCACUGAUCAGUUUUGCUGGAUUAGAUUCCACUUCAACUUGAGAGGGAGGGGAUAAAAGAAAGCAAAGAUGAUGGAAGGGGUUAGGGGGGGGGGGCAUUGUUCGAGAAAGUCCUUUUUAUUAAAAUAUUUCCUUCAAAGGGGGGUGAUUAUUCGAGUGAAGCGAUUAAUUGAGGGACGGCUAUUAUUCAAUGAAAAUCGAUAUAUUUGGUCAUGAUUUACACCAUGUAAGUGUUUAUUUUAUUAUAAUUGUGACUGUUCAUCUAUUUCUCAUUGAACUGUACAGUAAUAAACAAAAGCAAAAAUCAUUGCGAUGAUUUCCUAUACAUUCACAGUGUUCUCACCAGGCCGCGGCCUUGCGGGAUUCCCGCAAGAAAAACUGAAAUGGCGCAUUAAAACCAAGAAGAUGCGCCCGUUAGGGCGCAGGGGCAAUUGUUUGAAUAAAUAAAAGACAUAUCAAAUGAGUCAAAGUCUUUCAUUUUGUUGCCUUUACUUUCAUUGCUCCCACGCACGUCCCACUACAUCGUAAACUCCUCCUCCGAAUCGUAAACACCUCUUCCGCCAUAUUGGAUCAGGUAGGUACUUCAUGUAACAGACAAUUUGGAGUGCGGGCUCAGGUUCUUCGUACCGCGUGUUUUUUGUAACUUUGUCCCCCUAAUGUUCUUACAGGGCCCCUAUUUCUCAGAAGAGGGGGCCCUGGGACUCUCCAAGGCAAAAUCCUGGUGAGAACACUGCAUUCACAUGUCUGAAAUGAAAGGAGUUGGGAAAUUCUUUAAUUUGGGGGGUUAUGAUUCCACUGACAGUACUCUCAAGCUACAAUGAGUGAUACUUUGAUUUUAACAAUGCGAUGGUGGAGGUUAUGAUGCCUCAAAUGGUUUCAUAAAGCCUUUAAAAACCAGGGUUAUGAUUCCUGUGCCUGACAAAAUGAUGUGAUGACUUGGUGAAGCCUGGGCAAACCAAGGUUAUGAUUCCUCAAGCACAUAAAAUCAUUACUGAAAUUACAAUUGGUUAUUUGACUAUGCCUUUUCCUGUGUGUACAGAUAAGCUUCUUGAGAAAUGUGACGUGGGUGAUAGUAAAUCUGUGUAGAAAUAAAGAGCCUCCUCCACCUAUGGCAACCAUUCAAGAGGUGAGUUAAACAGCAGGCUUUGCAGGGUUCUCCAGAUUCUCCAGGAAUCAGUGAAUCGUCACAGAAGAUAACUCUUUUAAGAGUGAUAAUAAUAUUAUAUCGGUCGUAUUGGUUUGCAACACCUUGUUGGAUGAAAGCAAACAUCAUAUUAUGAAAUAAAGCAAAUAUAGGUAAAUAAACGUGCUUUCCUUAUGGCUAGAAUUCUUUCCCUGGUCACUCAACAUGCUCUAAAAUUCACUUUUUGGUGCCCCCAGAAUUUAAAAUUUUCUCCAGGAAAGCUAGACCCCCCAAUAGAGUUGGUGGUGGACGGUGGGGAGGGGAGGGUGAUUCACCCCUCAAACCCUGUCUUAGAAAGUUACACGGUUCCUAAUAAAGCCAUUUACAAUAAUAGUGAUGUUACUUCCUAAGACUGUAUGUAAACAAAUGGUCCCAGUAAGUAAGAGUUUCAAGUUACAGAAGGGUCAAGUUACUGCUUUUAUAUUUAUAAAAUAGAACUUUGCUACACAGUGAGGGUGUCAAACAGGGUUGUGUCCAAAAACUGUGUUAAUCACUAAAAACCUUGCAUUUGUGAAUUUUAUUAGUGCCGUUCGAAUGACCUGUUAUUGGGUUAAAGAUAUUUCCUUACUGUUCUUGUUUUUGUACACCUGUAGGUCCUUCCAGCACUCGCUCUUCUUAUUCACCACCAAGAUCUAAAUGUAUGUAAACACUCCUGAAUGUUAUGAUGAUGUUUGGCAUGUGCAUAUAGUCAAACCUGUAAUAAGUGGUCACUCUUGGAGAAUGGCUUACUCAAUUGCGGUCGUUUUGCCUGACGGGGUUUGCCACACCCUAAAUUUUAAUAAUAUCCACAAAUUCUUUAAUAGUUAUCCGAAAGAAGGUGCAAUAUUUCAAAACCCCAUACACGUAUGACUUGCAUCCAAAAAUUUCACUUAUUUUUAUUACAUACUUCUAAUAUUUUCACAUGACUAAAAUUUACAAAAAAAUGCCCAAAUUAGCCUCCGGUACCACCUUAAGUCGAUUCGCCCAGUUACAUACAACACUCUACAACAUGGUGAACAUACUUCUUUGAGAUGUUGUUUUAGUUAUCCUUGGAUUCAACAUGUGCAGUCACUGUCUUUCCAUCCUUAUUCAUUUUUUAAAGGCUUAAAGAACGACAAAUACCCAUCGGGCGAAUCAACUUAAUGUGCAAACUGCUAUCAGGCGAAUCAACCUGUGGGGGAAACGACCUGAUACCGGCUGACUGACAAACUUAAGAACUACUCAAGAAAAUGAGGAUGAUGAAAGAGCGAAAUAUCUAUUGCACGACAAAUUGAUCUCAAAGUGUUUCUUCCUCUUCUUGUGCCAAAAGAAAGGAAGUAAGAGACCACCAAACGCCAUGCACUGACAGUGUAUCUGUUGGACUAGUAUGGUGCAUCUUGUUAAAGUGCCAGUUUAAUAGAGAUGAAGACAGUAAAAAAUUAUUUGUUGGGACCUCGGAAAAUGUGACCGUGACUGCUUAAUACAGGUCGCUUUUACAGUAAUUAAGGGAAAUGAUUUCUGGGACUUCAGCAAGUGGGCUCUUUUACAGAUAGUCUUGUUUAGUGCUAAAACCUGCAAAUGAAAAAGGCCGUUUUUGAUACAAUUAUAACAGGUUCGUUUUUAAUAGGUUUCAGUAAUUCCAUUCUGGAAAUACUCUGGUGCACUAAUGAAACUCAAAAUUUUGUAACAUCCUUUUUCAGAUUUUAGUUGACACAGUGUGGGCAUUGUCUUACUUGACUGAUGGGGGUAAUAAUCAAAUUCAGGUAUGCUUUUAGCGGUGUUACUUUUAGUUUUAGUUUUUCGCGUUCGUCGGAACGCAUCCUAAUCUUGGUGUUCCUGUUGUACGAGGCCACAAAUUUUCGAGGUACCGCGGGUGACUGCCGAUAAGCCGCUCCUAUCAGGGGUGUCUCUGCCGGGAAACUGGACUCCUUUGGACUCGAUUUCGUUUCCGUAAGAGACGAACGUGGAUCCGUAAUCAAUGAUUACAUCUACUAACUAUGCCUCUAAUUUUAGGAAUUAAAGGGCUGUGUCACGCCUGUCUAGUUUAUGUUGUUAAGAUUGCCAAUUACGCUUACUUGUGCACUAUAAAAUCCAGCGUUAAAGAAGAAAUUACCGUCGGUUGCAUCUAAGCGUGGACGCGAGACAAAAAACAUGUUCUAAUAGGGGGCCAUACAUUACAUGUUUUGUGGGCAAACAUUUGAAGUCUUGACAGCUGUUAAAGCAAACUGUCGCGCCAAAGGUAAGUUGUUUACACGUUUUUGAUCAGCACGUCCAGCCCCUAUUUCAUUUUUCUCAACUUUCAGGCACAUUUUUUCGCUCAGAAACAGAACGCUUGCCUCCAGAAAUUAUUCUUAACGUCUAAAAAUUCUUACAAAGAAUAUUUUGUUGAAGGAAAACAAAUCAAGUCGACAACAGCCGCCUACUCCAAACUUGGAAUGUUUGGCGCCAAAACAUGUCAUGUUUGCACCCAAUUAGAACAUGUUUUUUUCCUCUCGUGUACGCGCUUAAAUGCAACCGAGGGUAGUUGUAAAUGAUAAAAUCACAGCUUCUUGUACUUCCCAAACAUAGGUCUAUCAAACGUUACAAACAACAAAAUCGUUAGGCUUACAAGUUUUCAGAGACCCACAGUUUCAGUGCGUUUUAAACGUCUUCAAGUUUGUCCGUCCGUUCCUUCUUUUAUAUUCGCUGUGCUAUGAAUAUCUUCUUUUAAUGUUCUGAGCGAUUAUUUUUGUUUCACUCAAUUUGUUGCAGUUCCCACUGUUAGAACUUAGGUAAAAUUCGUGACGCAGCUCGUUUAAAACUUGGUCUAGUAAUAUUAAAAUAGUAAUAUUGUUGCAGUUCCCACUGUUAGAACUUAGGUAAAAUUCGUGACGCAGCUCGUUCAAAACUUGGUCUAGUAAUAUUAACUACAUGUACACUUAGAUCCAAUUGCAAGACUAUUUUUGUUUACAAGUGGAUAUUAUUUUGCAGGUUGUUAUUGAAAGUGGAGUGGUACCUCAUCUUAUACCCCUGCUAAGUCACGCUGAAAUUAAACUGCAGGUAAAUGAUUUUGCUCAGAUCUUGUUGGCUGAAUGAGUCCAGCUAAAAAUCAUGUUGUUCGGGCUGUUCAUUUAACUUAGCUCCUUCUAGCUUUUUGUGUCUGUAAGAGUGCUUCUUCCUAGACUGCAAGCAGUUGCACGAGGGUCAUUUGCGUGUCUCGUGCGUUUUGCUCGACAGACCAAGAGAAAAGAGAGACUGCUGGUCGUCUAGCUUCUUCCCUCAACCACCAUUGAAUCCAGACUGGAUUUCUCUGUUUCCUCCAAAAUGGUCAGAGUUAAGUCUUUGCCCCUACUUUUCGUGUCCUGUAGUAUAGUUUGAACACCAAGAGUCCAGGACUGGAAGAAUUCCUUUGUACACGUGGAACAUCGUGCCCAGUAGUCUGUCAAAAGGGUUUGGUGCACAAAAUCCCAAUCCUCGCUCCUGAAUAUUUAAUUCUGUCUUAGUGGAUUCCAGUCUUUGCCCCUACUUAUUCACUUCCUCUACGGUUCAAAUAUCUGUUCACACUGUAGCAAAGUAUGUCACAGAAUCUAUCUGAUGGAGCGAUUUUCGUAUGACCUUCAAAAAUGGUUUCAGUAAGUGUUCGUUGUUUGUUUUAUAAGCCAAUGGAUGAAAAGAUCAAAACAUGGACUCUUCAUUUUCCCGCCAAAGAAAACCCUAAUAUGGAGAAGGCAUUGUUCGAUUAGCCAAUCUUGUUGCAGUAUGACGUCAAAGCGAGGUAUCAGUUGAUUUCUAGAAAGUUCUUCGGGCAUGAAGUUUUUUCACCCAAGCGUUCGCUUAACCAACCAAAAGCCACGUGCGUUUGUAUCCGUUCGACAAACCAAUCAAAUCCCUCUAUUUCUGUUUUGUUUGUGCGUUUUCAUUUCAAGGUCAUACGAAAAUCGCUCUAUGUGACUCCUCUCUUUCGAAAUCGGUGCAGCGUAGCAUCAUACCUCUAUAUAAAUUGCUUCUAAAUCACAUAUGUGAACAGACGCCCAAUCCGGUAUGGUUUGGGCAUAACCUUACAAAAGGCCGUGCCAUUUUCAAUGGUUAAAAUUUCAAAAAGUUUUGGGGAUCAGCACGAUGUACCCUAGUGAAAGCUAACACCUCUGUCCUUUUAUCUUUUAAAAACUGUCACUUUUUUUCCUGAAUUUGUCCAGCACACCUUGACCCCACCCUGUUUGUUUCUGUACACAGAAAAUAGGGAAUUUAAGAUCCGAGGACACGACGGCAGCGAAAACGUCGCUUAAAAAGUGAACUUGCUUUUUUUCAGUCUUCAUCGCGACUAUUCCUACCCACUUACUUUGUCAAAUGUAGGUGAACCCCUCAGGAGUCAGUGAAUUCCUAAGAACCAUGUCCAAGUUUAAAAUUUCGUCGACGGUUGUUUACGUCCUCCAUAAACCGUUCAAUUACGCAUUUUUUAGUCGUCCAAAACGGCAACGAGAUGUACAAAAAAAGCGUGAUGCACGAGCAAAGUUGUUGUUUUGCUAAUUAAACCUAUUGCUCCUCUUGACGUUCUUGUUGCCGUCGCGUCGUCGGAUCUUAAAGUCCCUAAUUAACCUGCCUGGCAGACGUUAAUAUAGGAAGGGGAAGGAAGAAUUCGGGCAUACGAGGAGGAGUUUCCUUUUUCCCUCUCCCCGCAGGCCUCUCGCGCUCUCGCGCGCUCAAAUUCCCCUGCCCCGCCCCCGCCCCCUUUCCCAUUCAACACCUGCCACGCGGGCUAAUUGAAAAUGGACGUUACAGUUCGCUGGCUGGAGUGAGUCUGGAGUCAUUUGGGGGGAAAAGUGCGUUGAAUUGCAAUGAAUCUUUGAUUUGUAAGGUUUUUACUUUUUACAUGUUUUUACUUGUUUUACAGACAGCAGCUCUUCGAGCAGUUGGUAACAUUGUCACUGGAACAGACGAACAGACACAAGUAAGCAAAGCCCAUGUUACAUUGUAACUAACUAAGUUGACUACAAUAGUGCGUAAAUUAUUUUAGCGCUGGCGGCUCUGCGCCAACAUUUUCUCCGAACUUACAUGUGUGACAUCUCUUAAUAUUCUAAAUUUCAUUUUGUAAAAUCAUAGCAGAAAGGUGUUGAAGUUUGUAAAUUAAACAAUGUACAGGGUAGUGAGUAGCUGGUCUUCACGUGGUAGUGUAGUCACCCAAAAUCGACACUAAUAAUGUAGAAAUGUGAUUUUAGGGUCUUUCUUGGGGGGCUGGGGGGGUGGGGGGUAUUAAAGGUGUUAAGGAAGAAUGACAGUUGCCAGCAUUUCUAUACAAAAAUAUAAUAUAAUUGAAAUUAUUUCAUUUAGUUUGGUUUGUUUAUGUUUUUGGUUUGUUGCCUCUUUGUAUUGUUUUCAGGUUGUGUUGGAUCAUGGGGCCCUUCGUCACUUUCCAGCGUUACUUAAUCACCAUAAAGAGAAAGUUAAAAAGGUCAGCUUUCAAAAACUGUCCUCGUAUACUUGUACUUUGUUACCAUGAUCACGGAAAAGUCAGGAAAUUUUGUUGUUCUUAUUAGUGACAACCUUGUUGAAGGCAAGAAAUGUACGUAUUUGUUGUUUUAAAAAGCGCAAGAGCUACGUGCAAACGGACGGAAUUACUCGCAACAUCGUUGGCCCAACAAUGUUGGAAGUUGUUGCGUCCGUGUUGGUAGUGGUGGGCAAACGGAUCCAACAACUCCCAGCAAUGUUGGGACCUGCGGUGCAUCGUGGGAAGGAUACAACCCAGAAGACUUUGGAGACCAUGUGUAACGCGGGUUCGUGGCCCCAACAAUGUUGGAAAAGCUGUGCAAACGAAUCCAAUAUUGUUGUGCUACGCUUGGUGAUCACGGAACAAAAGAAAUUUUGGAAGUUGUUGGUUCAAUAGGUCGACCGGUUUCAACAACUCCCAACACGCAACAACAUACAACAGGGUGUGCAAACGGACGCAUUUGCAACAUUCAACAAUGGGGGUUGUUGGCCAACAGUGUCCUUAUUUUACGUUAGUAUCUCAAAAUAUUUAUCGUCUAAUGAACAAACUUGAGGCCGAUGGUGUACUCAUUUAACUCCCCCGUCCCCCACCCCAACCCCCUCUCUCUCCAGGUACGUAAAGCUAAAUGGAAAGAAAAAAGUCGAAACAAGGAUUUUACAUUAGUUUGUGUGUGUGUGUGUUUUUUUUUCUGUGUGUCACAGGAAGCAGUUUGGUUUCUAUCAAACAUCACCGCUGGCAAUCAGGCUCAAGUACAGGUAAAAAUCAGCCAAGUUUGUCUCUCUCCUUGUUUUGCUCGUUCAGGAUGAGACGGGACGUAAAAUAAACCAUUCCGACUUUCGAAAGGAAAAGGGUUAUAGACCCUGGUGGUCUGGACUGCUUUAGCUUGUGUCCUAUGUUGCUCGCGGAAAAUAUACAUCAAAGGUUAUUUUCCUUCAAAAUGAUUAAAGUAGUCGUCUGCAAGCAGGCUGGGUCAUGUUUCAAGUCAAGGAGCGUUUUUGCCAGGUUUGGCCCAGCUCAAAAAAUGAAUAAAUAAAUACAUUUUGUAUCAAGUUUUCAUUUUGUUCAAACAGAAGAAAGAUACAUGUAGGAAACGCAACAUUUUCCAUGGUUUCAUUGGUUUAUUUGAUAUCGUUGUUAGAAAAAUUCCCAUUUCAAGGACCAUCAAUGAAAUGUUUCUUUUAACCCCGUUUGUAUCAUCUACCAAUGAAUAAGGUAAAGUAAAACUUGAUUUUAACAGAGUGGCCCAUUCACCUCAACGGCUGGUCCACAUCUGGGGUCCUGAAAGAUGAGUGAAUGAAUCAUUAAAUUAAUGGUCUUUUUUUCUUUUGCAGGAAAUCAUCGAUGCUGGCCUUGUUCCACUUAUUAUUCAGACUUUAGAAAAUGUAAGUACUUUUUUGUGUGAUAGUGAGUCACUGUGGUAGCUAACACUACAGCUUUCGCUGCAUCAUACAUAAGCUCCUUUAGAAAUUGCUUCUGCGGUAGCUCACUGUCAGUCAAUUGUGUAGAAAUGUAGUAUAGUUCUCUAACUUUGAGUCUGUGGAUGAAGUACUCAAAUGAAACCUCUUCAGUUGUACUUUCAAAUGGUGCUAUUUUAUAGUGUGUAGUUCUAACUUUGAGUGGGUGCAUGAACCCUCUGUUUUGACUAUUCAAAUCGAAUGUCCCGUUUAUUAUUUAGCUGCCUGUGCCAACAGGCAACGCCCAAUCAAGAAAUGAGUUUUAUCGUUGUUGAAGAAAGACAAAAUGGCAGAUGAAUCUCCCGUAAGGCAUUGCGUAUCUCAUUCCCCCUGCAGUGGGGCCGACUUUUCAGGGGAGGUGAUGGGCCAUCUCAGAUAAAAUAUCUGGCGAACAGAACGGAAACAACACUCUUGCGUGGAGUUAUAAGUCCUAUACUUACACCGAAAUAAAAUAGGAAUAAAAUGUGACAACUUAGUCAGCCUAAAGUUGCCCUGCCACUGUAAUUGUAAUUGUAAUUUGUUUACCCACAGAGCACUUAGCAGUUCCUAAGAACUCGUCGAAACGCGUCCGUGCGUUCCAGAUCGAAUUACAAUUUGGAAGUGUUGGUUUUUAAGGAGAGGGGAAAGCCAGAGUACCCGGACAAAAGCCUCUGGGAGACAUAUGGCUUAGACGCCAAGAAAAGUUUAACUUGGCCAUGUGUCAGACCUAACUAAUGAUGAAGGUGCCGCAGAAGAGUGGCGUUUAAGUCAGUUACGUUCGCUACUCUAGUUUGGUACGGCGCACGGCGUUUGUGUGCCGGCACACAUUAGGCGUGACGUUUGAACUAGGCCUUAAUCGUUCUGAUGUUAUUAAUUUUCAAUUAUUUUUAUCAUCUUCAUCAUUCCUAUUAUUAACAUUGUUAUGAUUUUAUUUUAGGGAGAAUUUUUAACCCAAAAAGAGGCAGCGUGGGCGAUCAGUAACUUCACAGUCAGUGGAACACCGCAACAGGUGGGCGGGCCAAUCAUAUUAUGCUGAUUAUGGUGCGGGUAAUAUAGGGGUAUAUACAUCCAAAAAUAUCCUACAAAACUCUUGGUGUCAAUUGACAUCCACCAAUAGUUAAUAAGGUUGUUAAAAGGAGCUAUGCUGAGACGCAAAAGCUGUUUUAGUGUUUAUCGAUAGAAAUCGUUCUAAACAACGAAUUAUGGGCAGCUCCCAACGUGGAGAAUAAAUUGAUGUACUGCUCAGCUUUAUUUUUCAAAGGCAGUUUUGUUUUUCAGGGAGUGUAGCUAUCCUUGUGAGAAUUCUCACGCUACUGCCUCCUUAAGAAGGCGUUGUUUUCUUCUCGUCUCUACCUUUGAGGGUUACUCGAGCCGCACUCUUUUCUGUGGAUUUGCGCACUGCUGUAAAGCGAGUAAACAUAACAUGUGUUCUGCAGGCCGGGUUAGAAAUUAAGAUAAUUGAUAAUAAACGGUUUGCUUGGAGACCUGGCUUGCCAACUCAAUUGGUUAAAGCACUCCGCCGUUUUCGCAGAGCUCAGGGUUCGAAUCUAGUCUGCUACACAGCCGUUUUUAGUGUCGUCACGCAAUGCUCCUCCCCACUAACUUAGUGGGGAGGAGCGUUGCGUGACGACACUAAAAAUGGCUGCGUAGCAGACUAGGUUCGAAUCCCGCCAAGCUUGAAUUUUUCAGGCCUCCUUUUUGCAACUGCAUUAGUUGCUUCUUUAACUGUGGUGAUCUUUUUUGCAUCCACUUCUUCACCCCGCAGUUAUAAUAUUAUAAAAUUCAUAUACUCAUCAUUUCAAUGUAUAAACUCUUGUUUAAAAGAGUUUUUGAGAGGUCCCCGUGGUUUCAUGCCGGGAUCACUUUUUGACCUUGUUUUACACGUUUGUGCUUCGUAGGUUGGGGUCCUUGUUGAAUGCGGUGCGAUUGCUCCGUUCUGCAAGUUACUCGAGUGUAUGGACACUCAGGUAAUCUUCUUUUCAUUUUCACCCUUUUUACGCCCGCAUCGAACUGUCAAUUUAUAUUUCAUUUAGGAAACAAAAUUUCGAGGGAAUUAUUCGCUGAACGACUCCCUGUAAAAUUAUUCUUGAAGUAACGUUUCUUGACCUUGACCAUUAAAGUUAUUAUAUUUAUGAGUUGUUCUCCUUAUAUUUACGAAAUACUGGCGUAUAUAUCUCGUGUGGCCUUCUUUGCAAGCAUUAAGCAUAUCCCGAAAACGUAUUAUCGACCGUUAUACGUUUUUUGAGUUUUAAUUUUACGACAUGUUCUAAUGACAGCAGAAAGAAAGAAAAGAAGCGGGAAACAUAUAUACUUUAAAAUUCGCUCAGUGCUAGGCGUUUCGCGAGUUAAUGUGUGUCACUCUGAACCACAAAGCAGGUUAUUUGAAAAAAGUAAUAAUAAAACAAGACUUUAAAAAAUUCUUUUUAACAGGUUAUUCAGAUUGUACUGGAUGGCAUCAAUAAUAUUUUAAAGGUAGGUGCACAUUCCCUUGUUUUCACAUUGGCUUCUGUCCAGACGGUACCUUGCUUUGUCUUAUGUUCAUAAUUCAUGACGCGCACGAUUUUUCUGGAAACGUUUUGAGAUCAUGUGUGUGACUUGUAGUUGCAGGUCCGAGUUAAGAGAUGCCAGAAGGGGCUGUUAUUUAAAGGCGCAAAUAGUCUACCAGUGUUUGUCACUUUUGACAUUUAAACUGACAGUCAAGAGCAUUGUCCUCCGAACUUAAACAGAGCUAACCUCAAAUAUUUACUCACAAUACACUUAGUACUGUGUUUAUGUCAUGUUUUUUCGCAAGGUGAUGCAUUCGAUAUUAAAAAGAUGCCUUCUUCAGUUUUUUUUUGCAUGCCACGAGCAACGGAGAAGCUUGUAGGAAGUAUUUUAUUUUAUACAAUACCUACGCCACAACCAACAAUACUUUCACCGGUUACCGCUCGUUUCGAUACAAGUUGAUGCGGGCGUUUUGUAAAUAGUUUCAUGUCCUUGGAAUAUUCGAGUACUCACACCAAAUGUUUUUCUUGUUCACGCGCAAGCUAUACUUGAAGUGAUCAAAAUUCUUGUUAUUUCCAAUGCAUCGCAACGACUUGUAUCGAAACGACCGGUUUCGCUUUCGCCACCACCAACAAUAUCACUCCCCCAUGUCUUUUUACAGCUAUUUCGAGAGAGGUUGUCGAAUAAAGUGCACUCGACAACCCCGAAAGGUAUUGUGGGUGGUUUUGAGUUCACUGUUUUUCAAAGAAAUAAAAGUAGGUUUGACAGCUACAGUGUUAGGAACUGUGUAUUGACCAUAUUCCAUAUUACCUUUUGGGAUUGUUGCGUACACAUUUUUCCGACAAUCCUUCUCGAAACAGCUGUAUACAGUCGAACCUCGAUGUAGCGAACGUUAAAACGAACGAUAUUCUGUACUCCAGUUAUAGUGGAAAGAACCUCGAUAACGAAAUCUCGUUAUAGCGAACUAAUUUGGCCAGUCCCUUGGCCCUUCGUUAUAUCGAGCUUCCACUGUUCGUACAAACCUCUCCUCAUUCUCUGAUUUGUAUUUUGUUGCAGAUGGCUGGUGAAAGAUCAGAAGCCAUUGCUACUAUCAUCGAGGAAGCUGGAGGUUUUUAGACUAUUUUUACCUCUUUGAAUUUACAUUAACCUUAAUGAAUCCCUUCACACUCAAGAUUGCCGAGGACCAAUUUACGAAAAACGUCAAAUUUGAUUUGGUAAGGUAUAUGAAAAGAUAUUUAACCGAUCGGGCUAUUAAUUGAAAGAAAAACAACAGCAAAAUUAUUGUAUUUUAUUCAAAAGAAAGGAACAAAAAUUCUUCCACCCCCAAGUAAAGGGCUAGUCGUGGCGGGGGGAAGACGAAAUAUCAACAAGAUAUGAUUUUGUCCACAGACUCAAGAGUUAGAACUUCAUGACAUUGCGUUUUCUCCCAGCAUGAAUGUUAGUACAUCAUCAAGAGAACUGGUUUUGAGAAUUAAUAGACCAUUUUCGAUAUAUUCAUACUUGGCUCCCAGGCUUGACUUGGACUGUCCUCCUCCUUACAUGACCGUUUUCUGUUGCGUGAAAUGGCUCCCCGGUUGUUGAAAUGAAACAAAUGAUAGCCCAGCCUUACAAAGAGGCAAAGGUUUGUCUUUGUGAGAAAAGGUCCUCCUCUUGAGUGUGUUUUUACCCUUUGAACCCUAAGAUCAAAAUUGAGAUUCUCAUUUACUGUCCCUAUACUUUUUCAAUAAAGGAAUGGGGAGAAUUUGUUGAAAUAUCAAUUAGACACAUCUUCCCUGAUCAUGUCGUCACUUCUCAUGACCACUCUGUGUGCUAAAGCAUUGAUAUUAUCAGGAGAAAUUUCAUGCUGAUCGCUCUUAGGGCUUAAAGAGUUAAUAGAGGGCUAGAACCCAUGGAAAGAAGUUGUCUUUGCUUUUGAGUCUGUGGAUGAAAUCCUACUGUGAUCAGCUAAACGCCUUUUAUUUUGUAAAUAAUUCACUAAGCGAAUUCAGCAAAAGCUUGGUUUGAAGCAGUCUUGAGAGUGGCAGAUUUAAGUUAAGGUUGUUUAACAAAAUCAUUACUCAAGUCCUAUUUCACCUAGCCUACGAACGCAGACCUAUUCACGGUCGUCGCCUGUCUCCACCCGAAAAGAGAGAAGCGAAGACCGAAGUAAGGGCCUGGUUACAUGGAGGUGGGGGACCCCAGAUAGGCGAGGUAACAUCCGGCGGGUCACCCCUGCACCUAUCAUGUAAAAUGAGAGAUUAUAUGGACAGGCGGGUUACCUCACCUACCUCGGGUCCCCCGCCUCCAUGAAACAGGACCUAAGUCUGCGUUUCUCAGGCUAUAUUUCACCCAGGUCCGAGAACCAUGAACUGAAUGGGAAGGUGUUUCUCCUUAGGUUUCUAAAUUUUCUCAGUCCUCUUCCUAAAAAAAGUCCAGAGUUCCCAUUGAAAAAAUCCCGUAAAAAAAGACAAAACAUCCACGCAAGAUUUUUUUCUAUGGCGUAAGCACUCCUCCCCUAAAUCCGGGGACUUUUAUUUGAAACUGUCAAUCUUCCCGCGCGUAACGUAAUUUCCGGUAAAAAUGCCCUUCCGGUUCGCUCUUACAAACAAUUCUUUUAGAAAAAAGGCACAAGAAAUAAUCCUUAACAGAAGGUAUAUCCUCCUCUCUUUCUUACCCUGUAAGAGUUGUUUGUCCAUCAAAAGGGUACCUUUUUGAACAGCCUUGGCGGCUGGUACCCGCCUAUUCUAAUUGAUAGACAUUAUUUAGCCUGAGGUGGAAAACAACGUGAGUGGAAAAACUGGUAUCAACCACGAGAUGUGAAACUAAAUAAGCUAACAAAUCCAUCUGCAGUUUAUCUCCCUUCCAAACAAUCUGUGGCUUUUCUCCCAAAAUUGACUAACACGUACAGUCCUGAAAUUCCGAGCGCGACUACCACCCUUUCAACCCUUCAGAUCAACUUCGAUUUUAACCCUUCCUAACCCUUGUUGAUCAUAGGCCGCUGUAAAAGUUGAAUUACUUAUGCUUUCUUCUCCUGUUAGGCUUGGACAAGAUCGAAUCCCUGCAAAACCACGAGAACCAAGAAAUCUACAAGCUUGCUUUUGGAAUAAUUGAUAAGUACUUCUCCAAUGAGGUAUGUGUGUUUUUAUCAUUAGAGUCAUGGUGGUUUGUCUAUUGUACGUACGUCCCAUGAGUUUAUUUAUAAUUUUUCUAUAAUCUCCGUCUUGUUUCCACGAGUUACUUUUUUUAUUCUUAAAAGAAAUCUAUUUUGAACGGCAUUCAUUCAGUUUGCCCUUGACUGCCUUAUGGAGUGUCUUUGCCAUCCCUAACAUUCAAAAUAUUUACAAAUAAUGAAAAGACCUGCGAAAAGCGACUAAGGAUGUUUCGCUACACUGCAGCUUAAUCGACUUCCUGCUUUUUAAAAUUGACUGAUUUGUAUCGUAAUGUUCUGCUCAAUGAGCUCUUCACACGAGUAUUGUGAUGUGCAAUAAAUUAUCAUGGUCUUAAACAUUGUAGCAAAUCGACUGUGCAGCGGAAACACUUCGUAGCGAAUUGACCGAAUACCUGAGCCGUCAUCGUGCGAUCACAGGUCAUUAGCUUGAUGAUAUUUAUCAGAUGGUUUUCCUAUUUACUGAUUUAUUUAAUUCGCCACGGUGUAUUACUUUUAAACUUGGCAACUUUAUUGAUUUUAAGGCGUUGUUUUCAGUCGUGUUGAUGGAUUUUCGCUAACUGGUCCCCGUCAAAAGUUAGAAAAAAGACUUGGAAGGGUCUAUCAAACCUGGGCCUGCCCCUCUAUAGCCUGUGUACACCCCCCUGCCCUUCUCCGAUUUUUCUUGAGGGGAGGGGGGGUUUGUACACAGACUAGCCCCUCCUAACCCUGGUCCGUCCGAGUUAACCAGGCGAAAGCGAAAAUGUUACUAGAAGUAUCGCGAUAUGGUCCAGUCAAGAGUGUUGUUUAUUUCUGUGUUUUUUGCAAUGUCUACAACAGCUGUUCAUUAAACUGCUGGUACAAAACAGUACCAACACCAGUCACAAACUUUCAGUUGGCUUUCACUAAACAGCCGUCCUCUUUACCUGUUAUUAGCCUUGUUUUCUUAUCGAAUCCGUUUUCGUUUGCGUACCUUGUAUUUUGUCUCGCGUGAACCCGUGCAUUAUAAGCGCGAACACAACUGCCGCUGGUGUUAAGAUAACCGUUAAGGUAGCUAUAGACCUGUUAACUGUUUCAAAACUACUUGAGUUUGAACUGGAAUUUGCUCUAAGCUUUGUUGUUAUGCGCUGUUGCAUGUGAUAAUUUAACCGGGAAACCAUAUUUUGCGAAGUAAAUAUUACACCGAUACUUAAAGCGCGAUUCUCCUCCGGAAGAGAAUUUCUUUUAGAAUAACAACAGUUCAAUAUAUUUGUGUCUUUGGUUCAGUGAAGAUGUUCCGCGCUUUUGACCUCAGCGUUACGCUUGACAAUUGAACCCUACAAGUAGGCAGAGUCCAAAUUAGACAAAUUUACUUUUGUGAAAGUUUGGAAGAACAAAUAGUACUAUGCGAAAGGACUGGCAAAAAGGUUGCAUUUGAAUGGUCACACCGCAAGAUUUGGUCCACAGACCUCAAAAGUGAGAGCCACCGUACAUGAUUCCAUCAUUCACUCUGCUGAUAGUGAAGGGCUAAUCAGUGUGAGGUUUGCAACGAUUUACGACUAACUUUAGAGAUCUUUGGAUUCGAGGACGAGAACGGACAGAGCGACUACGAAGGCGAGAUUUAACUUUAAUUUUUUUGCGUAUUCUCAGAAAAUGGACACCCCGGAAAGCUUCAUUACAUUUUUUUUUUUUCACCAGAAAAGCUAGCAUUGUUAUCUUUAUUGAAAGAGGUUAAGACGCAAAAUGACAAAACUUCUUUCAUUUGAUAUUUUUUUCCGCCACCACGACAUUCUUGCAAAAAUUCGUAGUAGAAUGAAGACGAUUAUCACGUUUUCCCGCCAAAAUGACCCUGGUUCACGCAAGCGCACUACUUAUUAUUGGGAAAAUUUUUUUUCUCGUAGUGGUCCUCAUCUUAGAAUCUAAAGGUCUAUAUUCUUAUUUUGAUUUCGGAGGCGACCGGUGUUUCAAAACACGUGUUUUACGCGUGUCUAGUCCUCUCAUGUUAUGACUUCUUGGUGAAAUCAUUCGUAGCUUGCAUGGAUAACCAAGCAUGGCUGCCAACACUCGUGUGUCCGUUAAAUGUCGUUACGCUCAGCCAGCUGCAAAGGAUUCUUUUGUGGAAUGUUAACACAGGCGAAUGUCAACAACAAGUCAGUGUGUUGUAAUCCCCUGAACUGCUAACUCUAUAUCUGCUGGAGUGAGUUUUGGAAGCAUGUAGGGUCGGAUAUUUUCAAUAUAGAGUUCCUGAAGAUGUUAACAAAACGCGUUCUGAGUCAUUUUUUCACUUUGGCUUCCCUAGUAUCUAACAUUUUGUACUUUUAACCGACAGUGUUCGAAAUGCCUGUAGCACACACUACAAAACCAUUUAUUUACGUACAUUAUCCUACAUUCAAGCAGAUAUCCCACUGUCACAAACGGCAGGCUUGCUUCAGUAGACUUCGUUUAAAUAGCGAGUUCGCAGUGUCUUUCUAACUAUCAGGUCUGUGGACCAAUUCUUAUAGUGUGGCCAUCUCGUCAAAGGUAGUUUUGCUAGGUACUAUUUAUCCUGUAAUAUUUUUAUUGAAUGAACUUUUGAAAUUCUGCUAAAUUUUGACGUUGGCUGCACCACUGAGAGGAAAUUGUGUAAAAACCUAUCUAAUGGUUUUCUGUAGCGAAACUUCUCUUCACAUAUCCUUUUUGUUUUCUUUUGAAAGUCAUUUUACAUUCUUGUGAUGAUUUCCUUUGUUGCUGAGUAAUUCUUGUUUGUUUUUUGGUCAGGGUGACAACGGUGAAGAGGAACUAAACCCUACAGAAAUAGAUGGACAGUUCGAGUUCCAGGCCAAAGAUAACCUGCCUCCUGGUGGAUUCAAGUUAUAAAGCUCGUUUGUUACCCUCAUGUGCUGUCGAAAAAAAACUGACAACUGACAGAGACUUGUACUUACCCAAUAGAGUGAGUGAGAGAGCGAAUGAGAGAUACGCGUGCGAGAAGAGAACUAACCAAACGCGAUAAAAAAAAAAUGAACGUGAGCGAGCGAGAUAGCGCGCGUGUGAGAGAGAACCAAACGCCAUAGAAAAUGUGAACGUGAGCGAGAGAGCGAGCGAGGGAGUGUGUCAUGCUAACAGACUCAUAGAACAAAUCGCUGAUCCUUAAGUCCCGCCCCCCGACAGAUUGAUUGACAAGUUAUUGCCGGCUCUGCUUGGACCAAGCAACGCGGCUUUUAAUUGAAUGUGGUUUAAUUUUCGUCGGCCGGAACGUGGAAAGGGUUGCAAUUGACGAACGGGAAUCGCCUGGCGACUUCUUAUGUGUGGCUGGAAUGUCGCAAUGGUUUUGAAGCGCGGAAUUGUUUGUUAAAGGACUUACUCAGCAGUGUUUAAAUAUCAGAGGUGAUGUUGGAGCCUCCAGUAACACAAGCCUGUGUCGGCGACUUUUAAAUAGCUCAUUGCACGUGCUUUGCACGUAAAUCUUAUGUUCUUUUUAAAGGCACAUAGGAGAACUUUUUCACUUGAUAGUGACUAUACUUGGACUGGAAUUUUUAUCUCCUUUAGCCUCUAAGAAAGGAACGAAGCGUCGAGGAUAAAUAUUUAGCCGUUUUCGGUUUACAGAUUUACAGUAGUUUUCCAUAUCUUGCCAGCGACCGAAUUCUCUUUGCAGUAUUAUUUUUUUGUAACUUGUGGUUUUAGUUUUCGUAAAUCGCAGCUCUGUUUUAUUGCCCUCUUAAGCACUUGUUAGUGAGAAAACGAUGUAUCAAAUUGUAAAGUACCGAAUUUUAUGAGUAAAUUUUAACCAUCCUU